AUGAUGAACCGCCAAAAAACAAUACCCGCACUCUCGGGGAAGGUCGCUUUGGUCACUGGAGGCGGCUCGGGUAUCGGCCAGGCCACGGCCCUCUGCCUGGCAAGCGCCGGCGCCCAGGUGGUGAUUGCCGAUAUCGACACUCAAGGGGGCCAAGAGACCGCAAAAGACAUCCAGAAGCAGACUGGUGCCCGUACCCUUUUCGUUCGCACCGACGUUUCCCAAUCGCAUAGCAUCCAGAGCAUGGUGCGUGCGACCGUUGAGGAAUUCGGGCGGUUGGACAUCGCGGUAAACAAUGCGGGAAUGCAUCCGGACUCGACAUUGAUUUCAUCCAUGGAUGAAGACUACUGGAAUCGUGUCAUUUCCACCAACCUUACCGGUGUCGCCCUCUGUCUGAAGUGGGAACUCCAGCAGAUGAUUGACCAGGGCGAGGGCGGCAGCAUCAUUAAUAUGGCCUCCGCCACUGUGUUUCGAGCACAGGAGAAGAUGGCUGCAUACGUCGCCGCCAAACACGGCAUCUUGGGACUGACCCAGACGGCUGCUCUCGAAAACGGGAAGCAUCGAAUCCGGGUCAACGCGCUGGCCCCCGGCGGCGUGGCAACAAACUUGACCAUGGCCACGCUCGACUCGCUGGGUUUGACUGAGAGUUCCGAAGCCAGUCGAACGAGCCUCUUUGGUCGCUUUGCCAAACCCGAUGAAAUCGCGCAAGCGGUGCUCUGGCUUGCGUCGGACGCCUCAGCGUACAUGACCGGGACAACAAUGCCGGUGGAUGGUGGCAUGUCAGUCCUUUGA